CGGGCCCGGAUGACGAGCGCCGGGCCGGGCGUCAUCUGUGAGCGCCGGAGCUGCGGCAGCCCGGACGGGGAGAUGAGCACGGAUGAUGAGCUGAGCCUGCUGGUCGUCAUCCUCGACACCAACCCGAUCUGGUGGGGGAAGAGAGCGCUGGGAGAGGCUGAGCAGUUCACCCUAUCGAAAUGCAUCGAUGCAGUGAUGGUGCUGGGAAACUCUCACCUACUCAUGAAUCGCACCAACAAACUCGCUGUGAUAGCAAGUCACACACAGGAAAGCCGUUUCCUGUACCCYGGGAAGCGUUGGGCUGCUGCAGAUCCCUUUGGAGAGGGAGGCCCUUCCAUGGAGUCUAAUUGCUCUGGCAGCAAGGAUGGGAAAUAUGAAUUAUUAACAGCAAUAAAUGAUGCAAUUGCAGAAGAGAUUAAAGACCUCAUGACAAAGACUGACAUGAAAGGSCAGCAAACAGAAACCCUGUUGGCAGGAUCACUUGCUAAAGCACUUUGUUACAUCAACAAGAUGGGCAAAGACCUCAAAGCCAAUCAAGAACUUAAAUCAAGGAUUCUGGUCAUAAAAGCUGCAGAAGACAGCGCAUUGCAAUAUAUGAAUUUCAUGAAUGUCAUCUUCGCAGCACAGAAACAGAGUAUUUUGAUUGAUGCUUGUGUCUUGGACACUGAUUCAGGUCUUCUACAGCAGGCCUGUGACAUUACUGGUGGCAUAUAUUUGAAAGUGCCCCACAUGCCAUCCCUUCUGCAAUAUUUGUUGUGGGUUUUUCUCCCUGAUCAAGAGCAGAGAUCACAGCUCGUCCUUCCCCCUCCUGUUCAUGUKGACUACAGAGCUGCCUGCUUCUGUCAUCGGAACCUCAUUGAAAUYGGCUACGUGUGCUCUGUGUGCUUGUCAAUAUUCUGCAACUUCAGUCCUAUUUGCAGUACCUGCGAGACUGCUUUCAAAAUAUCRUUGCCACCUGUCAUGAAAGCAAAGAAGAAGAAAUUAAAGGUAGCUGCAUAGCAACAUUAUGUAAAUACAUCAUUACCUCCUCCAUAAUUCCAUGAAAUUGAACCUACUUGAGAAACUGAUAGCACUUUUCAUUGGAUAUGAAAGAGAACUGUAUGCAGUGCUAUUAUUUGUUUCUUAGGGGAUAAAUAUUUAAAAUGURUGUCUUCUAUGCAUCCUGUUAAGUAACAAAUCACUGUAUUACCAUGUAAUCUGUGCUGUUUUAAAUACUAAUUCCUAAUUGUAAGAGGAACCAGAAGUUGCAGCCUGUGAAUACCUGAGGGUACUCUGGCCACUGCACAGUUUCACAUCUCCUGGUUAUUUUUAAAGUCAAGAAAGCUUUGAUUCUUUCUAAAUGUUGAUGUAAAGUUAAGAAUGACUAUUUGUAGUGUGUAGGAUCAGAAUCAUAUCACUCUGUUGUUCAGGGACUUCAACUUCUUGCUAGYRGUUUUUGGACUGAAACAGCAUCAGUUUCAAAGUAAAUGAGCCAACAUUUUCAAGAUGGUUUGUGAGCCACUUGGAAAAAAAAAUGGUGCUAAUUGCCCUGCAARUGCACUCACAUGUAUUCAUAUUCCUGUGACUGUACUGUCCUUGAGGUAGUUCUUUUUCAGUUUGAUAUCUCUUCAUUUGUGARUAAAAAGGCCUCCCUUUCUUUAAAGUAACAUCAGUAAAUGCAGACUAACUGGUUAGUCUUCAACGUUUUAUUUCGAAACUGGAAAAGGUGUAAUUGUAAUGUGAUAACAGGCACACUUUUUAUUUUUAAUAUGUGGGUUUCCAUCUGACAUUUGACAAGAACAAAGGUUUUUGGAUUGGUGUUUUGGACAGGAAGGUCUGCWGUGUACUUCCAWAUGUGGCUUUCAUUUAAACAAAYRAAACAUCUCCCCUUCUAAAAAGAGCUGUAUAAUUUGGUKGUUAUUGCUAAUAACGGCUGUUCUCCCAAAAGGAACAGAGAGGAGUUGUUUUCCACAUAGAAAACGAGUUAUUUUUACCUUCCCAGUGUGUAUGGAGGAAUUUGUAAUGUCUUGAUGUUUGCAUCAGGUUUUGUCACUGUAAUAACUGCAGUGCCAGUUUUUUCCAGGUUUGCCAACAUAACAAGGUGAGCUUUUUUUUCAUUUCCUAAAAGCCAUUUUGCGUGAAGGCUGUAUUUAUAAUUUACUUUGUAUAAAACUUUUAUAAUAAAAACYGUUCCUUUUUCUA